AUGGGCGCUGUGACUGGAAUUGCAUGGCAGAUCCCAUGCUUGGGCUUCAGGUCUUCAAGCGUGCUGCCAACGACGAUAUCUCGCUCACGGUGUUACGAUCCGCGGCUCCAAGCCUCCGCUCUACACAGCAGCACGAAUAACUCGCGAUGGUCCCGCUCCUAUGUCUCUCUCUCAAAAUUUGAAUAUCGGACUCGAUCACCGGUGUCUCCUCUACGAUGCCCUACCUCCAUAUCUUUCCAAUCAAGAUCGAAACGAACCUCGACUCCCCGCAAGCGCUCGCGAAAAACAUCCGAUGCGUUACCUGGCGCAAGAUCUCUCUCCGAAAAUGAAUUGAAAGAUAUCUUUGCCGACUCACAGCUUCCUACAGCUUUAGCCAAUCGCACCUUGGCGGUUUUACAAGCUCGAAGACUGGAGGGCACACUUGAUCUGGACCUUCCAGUUGAGAUAACACGCACUGUCACUCAAUCACAGCUUGAUUCCGCUCUUGAAUGGCUUCGCACAACAUACACCGUAGAUGAAGAUGCUGCAAUCAUGGCCCGGAUUGAGCGGGAAGAGAAGGAGGCGGAGGAGAAGCUAGUUCGUCGCGCUGAGCGGCUCGGCCUGUACAAGCCACAGAGCGGCUCAUAUGAGGCGGAACUCGGCGAAAAUGACUCGGUUUACGGCAAGAGUGUCCUGAAGGAGGCACGUGAACAGAAUGAGAAACGCCUCUUGAAGGAACAAGAGCGCAAGCGACAGGAAUGGCUGGAAGGUGAACACGAGGAACGCGAACGACUACAACGACAGGUUGAAGGAAACACAGCAUUGCAGCAAUACCAAGAGUCGGCUUUGAUGGAGGCGCGUCCGCGGGCGGACCCUAUUGAACGGCCAUAUCUCGCCUGGGUUCAGAAGCAUCAUAUUGCGGGCACCCACAACCAGCCCGAGGCUGUCGAAAUCACCACGUCCCAACGACUCUUGUCCUCUAUUCUGCUAACACUUGGCGUCACUGGCCUCUGCUAUCUAUUUGCGCAGAACUACGAGACUCCUGCAAGGCAAGAUCGCAUGUGGCCAACCGUGCCUCCAGCGGCAGCAACAGUCGGUGCUAUCAUCGGUGCUAAUGUGGCGGUCACACUUAUGUGGAAGUACAUUCCUCCUUCAUGGCGACUUCUUAACCGUUUCUUCAUCAUCGUUCCGUUCUACCCUAGUGCAUUGAGCAUGCUGGGUAGUGUAUUCAGUCAUCAGACUUGGAGACAUUUGGCUACAAACAUGAUGGUGCUUGGUCUUAUGGGAACCCAAGUGCAUGAUGAGCUUGGCCGUGGAAACUUCCUAGCCAUUUAUUUCGCCUCCGGAGCGCUCGGAUCCUUGGCUUCGUUAUCUCGAAGUGUUCUACUGGGUGCCCUUGGCACAACUUCUCUCGGUGCCAGCGCUGCCACUAGUGGUAUUGUCGCCGCUUGGUGCAUGUCUCAUUUCGAUGACAAAAUCACCUUGUGGAUUCUUCCUCAGGAGCUGCGAAACAUUUUCUGGACUCAGGGCUGGGUAUUCCUCGCCUGUUUGGUCGGCACCGAAAUCCUGAGCAUGGUCACUCCAGCUCGCUUUUUGCAGGUUUUCCCCCUUUCUCGACUCAUGAAGAUGGACCACGCCGCCCAUCUUGGAGGCUAUUUCGCUGGUGCUGGAUGUGGCUAUGCUGUUGCCCAGAGAAAGCUAGUAGCUGGUGAUAGAAAGAGGAAGCCUGGACAGUCAACGUGGCCUGGUAUCCCAAGGCAGUGA